AUGGGUUUCAAGGAAAAGGCUGUGUGCUUUCUUCUCCUCUUUGCUUCAGAAUUUUUGAUAGGCAUAGCAGCCGCUGCUGAGAGCUCUCAGUCUCAGACAGUCAUCGGAAUCGACCUGGGCACCACAUAUUCUUGCGUCGGAGUCUAUAGACAUGGCAAACUCGACAUCAUAGCCAACGACCAAGGAAAUCGAAUCACCCCUUCGUGGGUUGCCUUCACCGAUACGGAGCGGUUGAUCGGAGAAGCCGCCAAGAAUCAGGCGACCCUCAACCCUGAACGCACCAUCUUCGACGUCAAAAGGCUUAUUGGAAGGAAGUUUGAUGAUCCAGAGGUCCAGCGAGAUAUGAAGAUGUUGCCGUACAAGGUUGUAGUGAAAGACGGCAAGCCUUACAUACAAGUCAAGAUCAAGGAUGGCGAAGUUAAGGUGUUUAGUCCUGAGGAAGUCAGCGCUAUGAUACUUCAGAAGAUGAAGGAGACAGCAGAGGCCUAUUUGGGCAAGAAAAUCAAACGUGCGGUCAUAACAGUUCCAGCUUAUUUCAACGAUGCACAGAGACAAGCAACUAAGGAUGCAGGGACCAUAGCAGGGCUGCACGUGGAGCGGAUAAUCAACGAGCCGACUGCGGCUGCAAUUGCCUAUGGUUUGGACAAUGAAGGGGAGAGGACUGUGCUGGUUUUCGAUCUGGGCGGUGGUACGUUUGAUGUAAGCGUUUUGAGCAUCGACAAUGGAGUGUUUGAGGUACUUGCAACUAGUGGAGAUACUCAUUUGGGAGGCGAAGAUUUCAAUCAUAGGCUUAUGAACUAUUUUGUAAAGUUGAUCAAGAAUAAGUAUGACAAAGACAUUAGCCAAGAUAAGAGGGCUCUUGGCAAGCUUAGGAAGGAAUGUGAGAGGGCCAAGAGGGCUUUGAGCAGCCAGCAUCAGGUGCGCGUUGAGAUUGAGUCGUUGUUUGAUGGGGUCGACUUCUCUGAGGCGUUGACGAGGGCGAGGUUUGAGGAGUUGAACAUGGAUUUGUUCAAGAAGACGAUGGGGCCGGUGAAACGGGCUUUGGAGGAUGCAAAUUUAAGCAAGUUUGAUGUUCAUGAUAUCGUGCUUGUUGGAGGUAGCACGAGAGUUCCUAAGGUGCAGCAGCUGUUGAAGGAGUUUUUUGGUGGGAAAGAACCGAACAAGGGUGUGAAUCCAGACGAGGCUGUUGCUCAUGGAGCGGCCGUUCAAGGCGGAUUGCUUAGUGGGGAAGGCGGCGAGGAGACGGAAAAGAUUGUGUUGAUUGAUAGGACUCCUUUGAGCCUGGGGAUUGAGACAGUGGGUGGAGUUAUGACAAAACUCAUCCCAAGAAACACAGUUAAACCAACCAAAAAGUCGCAGGUUUUCACUACUUAUCAAGACCAGCAAACCACAGUUUCAAUCAAGAUUUACGAAGGAGAACGGGCACUAACGAAAGACUGUCGAGAACUAGGAAGCUUUGAACUGUCUGGUAUUUCACCUGCUCCAAGGGGAGUCCCCCAAAUAGAAGUCGCAUUUGAGGUUGACGUGAACGGCAUACUGCACGUACAAGCAGAGGACAAAGCAGCCAAGAAGUCGGAAUCCAUCACCAUCACGAACGAAAAGGGACGUCUGAGUGAAGAAGAGAUUGAAGAGAAGGUAAGGGAAGCAGAGGAGUUUGCAGAGGAGGACAGGAUGACCAGAGAGAGAAUCGAAGCCCGUAACAGACUAGAAACAUACAUUUUCAACAUGAAGAGCACGAUCAACAAGUUGGCAGAACAAAUCUCGUCUGAGGAUAAAGAAGAGAUCGAGAGUGCUCUGAAGGACGCCAUGGAGUGGUUGGACGAGAACCAGCACGCAGACAAGGAUGAGUUGGACGAGAGGACAAGAGAGUUGGAAGCUUUGUGCAAUCCUAUUAUAACGAAGGUGUAUGAGAAAAACGGCGCAACGGAUGCUGAUGAUCAUGAGUAUGAAGAACAUAACGAUGAACUGUGAAGCAUACGUAUAUAGCUAGGUAGUAGAUAGGGAUGUGCGUAGUUGGUUUUUUCAUUUUUAUUUUUCUAGUCAUUCUUGAUAACAACCUUGUUAUCUUCAUUGUUUUUUUUUUAAACUUGGGAUGUUAAUUUACAAACCUUUACAUUACAAAUGUUUUCGCAUGUGUCAUGUUUGUGUUUAUGGUAAGAAAAGUACGUAGAAGAAUUGAGUAGAGCAGAAGCAAAGAAUAACUACUACUACCAACAUUCCUUCAUUGAUCAAGAGAGCCCAUAUAUGCAUGCUAUGAUCAUCAAUCACUGCACACACACGCAAAACACUGGAAACAGAAACAAAAUGGACAUUGCCCGCAUCGUGUUCGCCUUAUUAGGGGCCUCAGCAACAUUAGUUCUUGCAUCCUCGGAACUCCGGAAACUGCAUCAUAGAAAAGCUACGGUGGAGAAACUGAAGAUAAUAAGAGAAGCGUUGCGAGAAGCAGAAGAGAGAGUAGUUAGGUACGAGGAAAGACACGAUCAGAUUCUCACCCAGUUGUGCUCUUAUUACAUGAUCAAUCAGAGCCUGGAAGAGGCACUGUCUGGGGCUCGACACGCCAUGAACGAAGCCCUGGCCUGUGCCGUCGCACUCAGAAAACUGCAAAUGGAGAUUAUUAUUGCUGCUUACUCGUAUUCCCCAUGAAUCUAAGUUUAUAGUUUGUUCAGAUAUUGAUUUGGUGAUUUGUGUUUUUUGAUGGGUAUGGUAUGUGAUUAUGAUGUGUGGAAGUUGU